AUGUCAUCUACGAUUCAGAGUUUAACUAAAAAGUUAGUCAACAAUCCCGAUGCUUUUACUCCAUCAGAUGCGCAGGCAGCAAUCGUUGAGUUAAUGACUGGUAGAGCGACAUCAGCUCAAAUAGCCUGUUUUCUAAGCGCAUUGAAAUUGCUAAACAAAGAUGCCGAACCCGAAAUAGUUGCUGCAUGUGCGGCGUCAAUGCUCGAGUUUGCGGUUAAACUGGAUUUUAGUCAAUAUGAAGGAUUACAGGAUUCACUGGUGGACGUUGUGGGGACGGGCGGAGAUGGUAUGAAUACUUUUAAUGUGUCAACUACUGCGGCCAUUGUAGUUGCUGGUGCAGGUGGGAAAGUUGCUAAAUUUGGCAACAGGGCUGCUUCGUCUUCAAGUGGAUCAGCUGAUAUCCUGGAAUCGCUUGGUUGCAAAAUAACUAAUGUUGCACCUAGUGAGCAUGUUGCACAGCCACGAAGGGAAAUGGGUAUUCCUACAAUAUUUAAUUUGUUAGGACCGCUAGUCAAUCCAGCAAGGCCAAAGAGAGUAGUGAUUGGAGUGUAUUCAAAAAGUCUUGGUCCAUUAGUUAUCGAGGCUUUGAGGUUGAAUCAAACCAAGAAGGCUAUGGUAGUGCAUGGAGCUAUUGGAUUAGAUGAGGUUAGCCCGGAAGGUGAAACCUUUGUAUGGGAAUUGGAAAAUGACAUUAUCAAAGAGUAUACAGUAACACCAUCAGACUAUGGUCUUCCCUCCCAUCCAAUCUCUUCUGUUGCUGGAGGUACAGCUAGCGAGAAUGCAGAAACUUUAUCAAAGCUAUUAUUAAACGAAUAUGAAGGUCCAGUUUUAGACUUUGUGUUGUUAAAUGCAGCAACGGCAUUGUAUGUUAGUGGAAUCGCAAAAGAUUUAAAGGAAGGAGUUAAACUAGCUAAAGAAAGCAUUACGAGUGGGAAUGCAAAGAGAGCUCUGGAUGGGUUCAGAGAUGUGAGUUUACGAGAACAAAUUAAAUAA